AUGGCAAUUGAAGUCGUGAAAGUGCUACACAGUACACAGGAUUGCCCUUCGAGCAAGCCUAGGGGGGUUCAAGAAGAUGUGACGCUGACACGAAAGGAUCGCGGAUGCCUGGAAGGAAUGUGGGUUGGAGGUGCAGAUCCGGUGAUGCUGAUUGGUCAAUCUAUCAAUGAUCUGACCCUUUAG